AUUUACUUCACUUUUUGGAAAUAAAUAGAUUACGUCUUUAAAAGAGUGUAAAUUAUUGCUUUUAUUUCUUAAUUUCAAAUAAAGCAAGUGAUAACUAAAAGAAGAAAUAUAUAAAAGUAAAUAUGGGCCAAACUUUAUCUGAACCAAACACGAACAAGACGUCAAGUAAAGAUGCUAAUGAAAAAUACUUUUAUGGUUGCUCCCACAUGCAAGGAUGGAGAUUGACCAUGGAAGAUGCUCAUACCACUCUUUUAAAGUUGGGAGAUACUAAUUGUAGUUUUUUUGGCGUCUAUGAUGGACAUGGAGGUUCAUCCAUUGCGCAGUACACGGGUCAAACAUUGUAUAAAAAGUUACUUGAGAGCAAACAUUUUGCUAAAAAGGAGUAUAAGGAAGCUUUUAGAGACGCAUUCAUGUCCGUAGAUAAAGCCUUAUUAGAAGAUAACAAUUAUGCACUGGAUCCUUCUGGCUGUACUGCUGUAGCUGCAUUAAUAACGGAUGACAAUAAUAUUAUUGUGGCAAAUGCAGGUGAUUCAAGAGCUAUCAUUAGUUCGGGAGGCAAGGCCAAACCAUUAUCAUUUGAUCAUAAGCCUACAAACGAAGUCGAGAUGGAAAGGAUCAUUAAGGCAGGCGGAUUUGUUGAAUUUGGACGCGUGAAUGGUAAUUUGGCAUUAUCAAGAGCCAUAGGUGACUUUGAAUUUAAGCAAAGUGAAGAACUUGCAGCUGAGGAGCAAGUGGUGACAUGUAACCCUGACUUGACUGAGCACAAAAUCACAAAAGAGGAUGAUUUUAUAGUGUUAGCCUGUGAUGGCAUUUGGGAUUGUAUGUCGAAUCAAGAAGUAGUCGAUUUUGUCCAAAAAGGAAUCAGUCUAGGAAAGAAGCUCGAAGAAAUAUGUGAAGACCUAAUGGAUCACUGUAUUGCAGAUGAGGAAACGACAAAUGGACUUGGGUAUGAUAACAUGUCUGUGAUUAUCGUGGGCAUCCUGAAUGGCAAAACUCAAGAGGAAUGGUACCAAUCGAUUGGAAACAAGUCUCAAGUGCCCAUCACGCCUGACUCUCCCUGUCCAUCUGCAGCUAGUUCUCCUAAAGUAACAAACAAUGGCUUGUGAACCUAUUUCAUCUAAACUUUUCUAUUGUUGAACUUGUGCUUCAUCUGAGUUUUAACUGUCGCUAUGAUGAUAACAUCAUCCAGCCAAGCUUAUUUUUAAGCGUGGUUGUGUAAUGGUACGACAAAGAAU